CUCUACACACGCGUGCCGUCCACGGCCGUGUGGUCUCUUAUUCGGAGUUUCACGCAAAGUAAACCAGAGGGACCGAUAGGGCGCGCGUGUUCCCUCGGUCCGUCGUGUUUGCCCGUCGAGCGCGCGGCGGAUUCACGUUCGAAGAAGAGGAAGAAGAAGAAGUUUCUGCGAGCGGAUCGUGUCCUACCGGCGAUCGAUACGCGGAUCCAGGAUGAUCGUCCUCGCGUGGUCCCUGUUCGUGCUGGUCUCGUUCUGCGUCGCGACCAACCAGGCGUUUCUCGCCGCUCCUCUGCCAGUCCACGGGGUGUCGACGUACGAUGUGGCCGGCGCUCAACGGAAACAGGAGGGCAACGAGGAGGCGAUUUACAAAGGGAGUGGCCGCAGGGACGGAUCGAUCGUCGAGGACCGACCGGAAGACGGGCAGACGGUCUACGUGAUCGAGAUCGAGUCCGAGGCGAACGAGAAGGAGGAGAGUCUGCAGAGCAAGGGGAAGGACGCGGCUUCCGGCGGGUUUCUGUUUGUUUCAGUGGACGGCGACGGGCAAAAUCCGUUGGACCCAUGGUCGAUCGUCUGGUACAUCGGCUCGUUCGGCGGACUGGUCGCGUUCUUCCUGAUAGUCAGCUGCUCGGAAUGGUGUUGCCGUCGCGGUGGACGCCCCCUCACGGUCCCGUACGCCCAACGGGCGGACGUGAUCAAUGGUGGGAGCGGCCAAGUGGUCACCGAGACUCCGCCCCCGCCCUAUCAUCUAUUCGCGCCACCUCCGUACGAUUCCGUCAACUACGGGGAGUACGUGGAGAACAAGACCAACGGCGAGAAACUGGACAUAUUCGUGAUCUCGGUGCCGGUGCACAGGCCAGUGGUUCAGGUCCCGGCCUAAAAAGUCCUCCACCGAUGACGUCCUCGGGGAUAGAGGAUCCCGACGAAUCAUAAACGAACGACACCGACAGUGUCGAAUACUGCUGACGAGAGAUCGUUCACUGCUGGGGAGAGUGGACGGGUUCAACGACACAAUGUGUGUACGCGAUGUCAGUGGCCAAUCGGCAUCGCAAUCCCGCCCAUUCCAGGCGGGGGGAGGGGCUAUUCCUCGCGGAGGUGGUCCCCGAAGCCACACCCCCUUCGAGGGCGGGACGCACACAGAAACACGUCCAGCUGAUUCGAACGAGGUUGAGCACUUUUUGACAAUCGUCCCUUUCCAACCGAAUUUUCUUUGGUGGUGGGGAAAAAGAGAGAGAGAGAGAGAGAGAGAGAGAGAGAGAGAGAGAGAGAGAGAGAACGUUCAACGGAUCGGCAGGGAACAGGAGACGAGCAAAACGGAGAUGUUUGAAUACACAGGGGAGGAGCGUCGGGUUCGGGACCUGACCAAACGGUAUCAGUGGAUUUAGGAUGAUCGAGGCUCUUGUGGGAGGAGCGAUGUUGUCAUCCAGUUUGUAGGAGGAGAAGCUUCGAAUCUUCGCGACGAUCGAUGGAAAAUCGAACACUGGCACGGUGGUUGUGGAACGACCGAGCUGGUUCGGUAGUGAUAUCGGUGAACCGACGGUAAUCGGUGCACGCGGGAUAAGAUUGAAGAAGCAAUGAUAGACACAGAGUUCUCGGUGAAUGCUGAGUUGAGUGCGCGGAAAACGAAGAAGGUGAUGUGUACGUUCGAACGGUUGAGCCUAGAGUGACGGUUGCCUGUGAUGGUUCGUGAAAUGAGAAAAUGAACGGAGAAUGCAUUCCUGGUGGCUGGUGUGGCGGCUUGAUACCCUAAAUAGGCUGCACAGCCAGUGGAGUACGGACAUUGUUCCGUGGCGUAUAUUGAAUUUAAAAAAUGUCACGUGUUCUACAUUUACAACGGUAGCCCGGUAGAUUGUUGCAAAAUAUCGACGUGUCUUCCUUUAUUGUACAUACGUCACCUCGACAUAUGUUUGCUAUCCCAGGAACAGAGAUGUAGCUAACCCUCGAUAAGUGCACCUCGGCGGGACCGAGUUGAACAGAUAACGAGGGAACAGUAAUCCUUAUAUACUGAAAUAUGAAAUUGCGACAAGUUCCAGGAGAGUAUCCUUUCUUUAACUGUGUAACACGAGAUUCCAAUUGUAAAGUCAUCGAACAAACGGGGAGGAACUAUUCAGGGUACCGCAAGUUGCGGUAACUUUGACUGAUUGUCAGUCGG